AUGGGCGUGACCAUCGUCGAGGGCGAGAAGCGCAACCUCGGGUCGAAAGCCCGAAGGGCGCUGAAACUCGCGCGCGCGGGGAAGGCGCCGCCGGCGACGGCGAAAGCCCCGACCGCGGCGCCGAAACGCGGCGGCGAUGGCGGCGACGGCGACGACGGCGGUCAUCGCGCUCGCGGAGGCUUCGUCGCGGGCGGAACCCCGCGCGACCUCAGCGCGGUGGACUGGAACGCGGUCCAGGGCUGGAGCAAGGUGAAGUACGACCCGAACCGCUUGAUCUUCGGCGCGAGCGAGGAGGGGUUCGUGGAGCUCGAGGAGAUCGACAUGUCGGACGUCUUCGUCGACGGGCUCGGCGGCGGCGAGCUCGUCGAGACUGCUGAGAUGUUGCCUCCGUCGUCGUCGGACGGCGGCGGCGGGCGCGGUCUCGACGCGCGCGGCGGCGAGGCCGCGGACGCGCGCGCGGCGAAGAAGACGCCGAGCGGCGAGGGCGAGCGCGCGGACGCGGCGGCGAAGAAGAAGCCGAAGAAGAAGCCGGCGAAGGAGGCGCGCGUCGUCGACGACGGCGGCGGCGGCGCGGAGGCGGCGACGCCGCUCAGCGCGAAGGAGCAGAAGAUCGCGAAGAGGAAAGCGCGGUGGAUGGCCAAGGUGGAGGAAGCGAAGCGAAUAAAGGAGGAAGCGCGCACCGCGGCCGCCGCGGCGAGCGGCGACGCCGCGACGCCCGCGAAGAAGAAGAAGAAGAAGGAGGAGAAGCCGUCGGCGAAGAAGAACGACGACGAGGAGGAGCUCGACGACGUCGCCGCUGCGGCCGCCGCCGCCGCCGCCGCCGCCGCCGCCGCCGCCGCCGCCGCCGACGACGACGAGCCGACGACGGCCGCGACCGCGGCGCCCACGGGGAAAUCCAAGGCCGAGGGCUGGCAGAUGGACUACAACAACUACCCCACCUCCGGCAUGGGCGCGGUCGUAGACGGCGUCGACCUCGACCGCGGCGCGGACGUCAGCGCGUGGCUGCAGUUUGACCUCCACUCGAAACUGUUGCGCGCGCUACAAGAGCUCGGGUUCACGACGCCGACGCCGAUUCAAUCAGAGUGCCUGAACCCCGCGGUGAAAGGGCGGUGCGACGUCAUCGGCGCCGCGGAGACGGGCUCCGGGAAGACGCUCGCGUUCGGGCUGCCGAUUCUGCAUCGGCUGCUGACGCAGCGCGACGAGGAGGCGGAGGAGGGCAGCGACUCGGAAUCCGUCGACGGCGACGGCGACGGCGGCGGCGACGGCGACGGCGACGACGCGGACCCCGACGACCCGUUCGCGAACAUCGAGGACGAGCGCGGGAGGAGAGGCAGCGCCGCGGGGAUGAAGCUCGACCGCAGAAGGAAAGCGUUGCGCGCGCUCAUCGUCGCCCCGACGCGCGAGCUCGCGAUGCAGGUGUGCGAGAUGCUGAAACAGGUGGCGAAAUACUCCGGCGUCGACGUCGUCCCCGUCGUCGGCGGGAUGAGCCUCCAGAAGCAAGAGCGACUGCUGAAACGCCGCCCGGAGAUCGUCGUCGCUACCCCCGGGCGGUUGUGGGAGCUCAUGCACCAGCACGGGCACGAGCACUUCGUGGACUUGGGGCGGCUCUCGUUUUUAGUCCUCGACGAGGCGGACAGGAUGGUCGAACGCGGGCACUUCGCGGAGCUCGCGAACAUCAUCGACACGUUGCCGAUGCCGCCGCGGAUCAAGCGCCCCCCCGGCGCGGCGAAGGCGACGCCGGAGACGCUCAAGAUCACGAAGAAGCGCGGCGCUCCGGGCGCCGGGGACGACGCGACGAAGCCCGCGGGGAAGCGCGGCGGGCGGGGGCAAAAGGGCGGCAACGCGGCGCCAGAGGACGCCGACGUCGUCCACCUCCCGGAGGAGCGCGCGCGCGAGGAAAUCUCCCUUCGGCCGUCGCAGAUGCUGGAUCGACAGACGUUCGUGUUCUCCGCGACGCUCACGGUGCCGGACAACGUGCGGAGGAAGCUGAAGAAGACCCACGCGAUGGCGUUCGUCGGCGGCAGCGGAGAUGGCGGCGGCGGCGGCGGCGGCGGCGACGCCGCCGCGAAGAAGAAGAGAGCCGACGCCGCCAAGGGAGGAAAGGACGCGGGGUCGCUCGCGGCGCUGAUGGAGGCGGUGCCGUUCUACGGGCGCGUCAAGCUCGUUGACUUGACGGAUCAGGCGAAGACAGUCGCGAAGAGCGUCGUGGAGAGCUCGCUCGAGUGCACGGAGGACGAACGCGACGCGCUCCUGUACCACAUCCUCGCGCAGCAGCCCGGCCUCGUCAUCGUGUUCGUGAACGCCAUCUCCGCCCUGCGAAGACUCGUCUCCAUCCUGAAGCUCUUAAAGCUCCCCGUGGAGGCGUUGCACGGCAACAUGCAGCAGCGCGCUCGGCUCAAAUACCUCGACCGGUUCAAAGACAAAACCCGGACGCAGACGUCCAUCCUCGUCGCCACGGACGUCGCCGCGCGCGGAUUAGACGUCAAGGGCGUGGACCUCGUCGUGCACUACCAAGUACCCCUCAGCGCGGACACGUACGUCCAUCGAAGCGGGCGCACGGGAAGAGCGCACGCGGAGGGCGCGUCCGUGUGCCUCGUCACGCCCGCCGAGAGGAACCGGUACCGCGCGCUUCUCCGCGCGAUGAACCGCGCCGCGCCUCUCCCCGCGUUCCCCACGAACGAGGUCGCGGUCGCGGAGGCGAAGCGGCGGCUGAGCGUCGCGAAGCGCCUGGACAAGCUCGUCCACUCGCGAUCGAAAGAGCGCGCGGAGGCGGAGUGGCGGCGGGUCAACGCGGCGGAGAUCGGCGUCGAGCUCGACUCGGACGAGGACGACGACGCCGCGGUGAUGACGUUCGACGCCGCGGGGAAGAUCGCCAAGGUUAAGGCGAAGGAGCGCGCGCGCAGGAUCGCGCGCGGGGAGGAUGGGGACGAGGUGAACGCCGCCGACGACGACGACAGCGAGAGCGACGGGAUGAACGAUCUGAGAGUCGCCGGGAUGGACGUGGACGACCAGACGAGUCACGCGAAGUUCGGCGAGAGACUUCGCGCGGACAGAGAGGAGGCUCGGCUGCGACGCGAGCUCGAGUCGAUGCUCGAGACGUCGCUCGGGACGAACGCCGCGCGGAGGCAGGGGAUCGGGAGCGCGAAGUAUCCGAGCCGUGGGGACGGCGGCGCGAAGCUGGCGGCCGCGGCGGCGGCCAAGUCGGAGAAGCGCGCGCGCGGCGGCGGGGGCGGCGACGACGACGUCGUCGGCGGCGACGGGUCCGAGGGCGUGACCGCGGUGCGGAUGCUCAAGGGCGGGAAGCACAGCGCGGCGGCGGCGAGAGGCGCCGCGCCGGGGGGCGCCGCGGGGAAGCACAAGAAGAAGAAGCCCAGGCUCGUCGUCGUCGGCAAGUAA